GAUAAAAUCCGGGCUGAACCAUUCAUAACAGGGAAUAAAACCGAAUCCUAACGGAUUGCUUACUGGAAGUUCUAGGGUUUUUCAAGCUCAUAUUUGCUGCUUUUAGCAGGGAAGUGUAGAUCUUCUGUUAUUUGAAGAUCCCUGUAGGAUGGGCGAUGAAGCAAACAGAACUGCAUUUCUCGAGAUUCAAGGGCGCAUGAUUGAACUCACGGGAAAACUGAAACAGGUGCAGAACCAGAUGAGAAACAAAGAAGGGGAGAGAAAACGUGCUUUUUUAACCUUGGAGGAGCUUAAACAGUUAUCUGAUGAUACAAACACCUAUAAAUCUAUCGGAAAAACGUUUGUCCUAGAGCCCAGGUCAACUUUAAUGAAUGAACAAGAACAGAAGCACAAAGAUUCUGAGAAUGCAAUUACGUCAUUGCAGAUCUCGAAGGAGUACUUAGAGAAACAGAUGGCAGAGGUUGAGAGCAAUUUGAGGGAGCUGUUGCAGCAAGAUCCAGGCCUUGCUCGUCAGAUAAUGUCCAUGUCUGUAAUGUAGUUCUGGCCCUUUGGACUUGGCCCUGUUCCCUCUUCUAUUUUAUGUUUUUUUUUUGCAUUAUUCUAGCGUAUCAGUUAUCUACUCCCUCUUUUUUUUCACCUGGCUGUAGCUUAUACAUUGUUUCUAGCUGAACAUUGUUGAAAAAUGGUUGUAAUUUGUUACUACUCUCAAGUUCCUAUUUUUAAUUUCGUUU